GCGCUUAUCGUCGUCGGGACGACCCGUCCGAGCUCGACGCCGACGCCGAUUGUCGUCGUGAUCUGUGACAUUCCGAUGACGUUGUGCGGUUCGUACCGAUCUGCACGUCGUGUCGAUCGGCAAAAUGCGCGAUAACAGAUGACAGAUCGUUGGGAGGUGUCUGCGUCAAUUCCAUCGCUAAUUCGUCAUCGUCAACUUUUGAUGAUAUUACCGAUCAGUGAAAAAAUACCGUUUUUAUCUUUACAAUCGCAUUUAAGCGUCUUUGACACGAAUCACAUGCUCUAUCAUGCGAUAAUUAAAAGUUAUAAUGAAAGGUAGAACAAUCACGCAGAAAAAGACCAUACAUGAUAUGAAGGUACUGCAUAUUUCAAAUAGAAUAUUGCGGUAAAUUCAAAUAAUUGAAGCUAUCGAAUAUCUAUAAUUGAAACUUGUUCAUAAUUUCUAUCUCACGAAAUUUUCUCGUCCCUCCGCCAAAAGUCGCUCAGUACGAAUCGGCGCGUACGAACAAAACGAUCGUUGAAAGACUAUCACCGGAGCAUUUGAGAAUGCUCCACUUUUCGCUCGAGUGUCAUUUCACCGGAGGCAAAUAGCGAGAAUCUGUGAGAUUGUUCAUCGGGGUAUCAGAAGUUUGAAUCUUGGGGAUCUUGGGUUGCCGACCAAGUAGAAUCGGGGGGAAAAAUUAUCGCGAUACUUGUCCAGAGAUUGGAUUCAACGGUGCGAGAGGUGAAGCCGGAGGAAGACGAGGUACAAGAAAGAAGCAACCAAGCGGUAGUGGCGCCGGGAAAAAAAGAUAGAAAAGCGCGCAAUAGUGAAUGAGAAACAGGGGGUUGGCGGGAGAUGAAGGCGCUGCCGCGGAGGAUUUCAAGCCGUGUCCCCGGCGAGAUAGGAGCCGUUUGUAUAGAUCUAUAUGCACAGUAAAAUUGUGGCGACGUAGGAGUUCUCGCUACGAGUAUCUGGGUCAUACAGCCGUUCUCUCUCGGCGUUGUAACCUGCUCUCCAUAAUUCUAUGAAAUUCUCCCGAUACUGCAACAAAGUAGAGCAUCCAUUGACGAUCUAGACGACUUCUCACUCUUAAGAUGCUCGAGAAGCACGCCAAACUAGGACGAUAAAAACAAUAUAAUUGAUAUACUAAAUAUUGAAUAAAAGAGCACACGUAAAAUAUAAGAUAAGAGCAUAAUCGCAAAACUCGUGCUUGCGUAAUCAAAACUACGAGAACAUUUAUCCAAAUAGAUGGAUAACAAUGCGAAAAUAUGCAAAAUAUCGGACCGCGAUUUGCUCCGGAACAAAACCUCCAGUUUACAGAACCAUCUUGUUAAUGUCGCUUAAGUCACGCGUUAAGUGAAUAUAUCGUGUUUUACUCCGCCGGGAGAAUCUGUAAUGAUCCGUACGAAUCAGUGAUUUGUGGUUGGAUCGGUACGAUACCGGUCGCGUGCGCGGUAACGAGCUGUCACGUCGUUACGCGAUUACGUAAAAAGAAUCUACCUGGGUUCCCCCCAUGGGGACAAUUUCCGAGGAAAGUCCACGCGCAAGGGCUAUUAUCCGAGUCGGUAGCGAGAGGUUCGCGCGCGAAAUCCGCUGUUACCCUUCAUCUAGGACACGGUCGGGCCGGCCGACCCGAUAAAUAAUGAACCCCCGCAGUCAUUUAUCAAGCUCACCGCGAGACGAACGAAUGCUCGGGGUAUCGUUGAGGACGGUCUAAAUGGGAGAAUCCAACGCGAGGCACCGGCUAGCACCGCAAGAUACCGCGUCGUAUAGCCGCGAGGGUUACGCAGAAAUCAUGUCCCCUUGAUUCGAUCGAGAGCUUACUCGAAAGCCAAUGUGUUAUCCUUUAGGACUUAUCUAUUCACAAGAUUAUCGACAAAAUAAAUAUCGUGAAAUGUGCUGGAGUUCGCGAUCGAAGUGAUAUUUAAGAAGCGACCCUUAAACGAGGAGACACAGCACGUCUUCUGUCGAUCGUGUGAACUCUCCCCUGAGCGCUCGUCUUAGAAAUGCGAGAGUCAGCUGAUUCCGAUCGCGAUCAGUGUAGUAACACCGGGCAAUGCGAACGAAUUCCACGCAGGAGAUAACGGCGUCCGCAAACGUACGGUUCGCGAUUUGAUGAUAGUGAUCGCGCUUCGGACUUCGCGAUUCGAACGAACGUGAGGGCUUGUCUCGUGCGUGGUAUCAAGCAACGCCGAGUAUCAUGAAGCGACGGAACAACGGUUCCUCUUGCUUCUGUCAGACGUCGGCCAAGAGGGGCGGGCGCGGCGGAUGCAAUGGUACUGAGGCGAACGAGCCACCCGGAUGGUGUAUCUACGCGGCGGUCGCCCUCGUCGCGGUCGGUUGCUAUCUAAAUGCGCUCGACUGCGACUUCGUGCACGACGAUAUACCGGCGGUGGUGAGGAACAGGGAUGUGAUCGGCGAGGCAUCGUGGAGCAGCGUGCUCAACGACGAUUUCUGGGGCACGCCGAUGGAGAGCAUCAAUAGUCAUAAGAGUUAUCGACCAUUCACCACUCUGACGUUUCGGUUGAAUUACUUGAUGGCAGGCUUGAGUCCAAUGUGGUAUCACGCCACAAACGUCGCCUUACACGCCGGUGCGUGCAUUUUGGUCACCAGAGUGAGUCUCGUGGUAGCGGCACUUCGGCCAGGAUUCGCGGCUCUCGCUGGAUUGUUAUUCGCCACGCAUCCUGUGCAUACAGAAGCGGUGACUGGGAUCGUAGGCAGAGCGGACGUUCUAGCGUGCAUUUUCUUUUUACUGUCCUUCCUUGCCUAUCACGGUCAACAGACGGCUUACAUAUGGUCCAGUGUUUGUCUGGGUGCCCUGUCGAUGUUGGCGAAGGAAACUGGCGUUACUGUUCUGGCACUAAACCUUCUUUACGAUCUCUGUCGUUCCUGGCAUUCAAUCAAGAGGUCUAUUUUCGAAGCCAAAUGGAACGACGAUUCUAGAUAUUUCUCAAGGCGUGCAGCAGCAUUACUCGUUUCAUUUGGCAUACUUCUUGUGGUGCGGCUCGCUCUGCUUCAUGGUACUUUGCCGAACUUCUCCGCACAGGAUAAUCCAGCUGCUUUUCAUCCCUGUUUCCACGUCAGAUUGCUGACUUUUUGCUACUUGGCAUCGUUGAAUUGUUGGUUGCUUCUGUGUCCGGCUAUACUCUCGCAUGAUUGGCAAAUGGGAUCUGUUCCUUUGGUUACGUCUUUUACGGAUACUAGAAAUCUGGCCACCUGUAUAUUUUUCGGCGGUUGUCUGAUUCUCACGUACAAAGCCUUCACGGAUUUCGAACAACAGAGGCAUCCGCCUCUCAUUCUUGGCUGGAUGUUCCUGGUAUUGCCGUUCCUACCUGCGUCUAAUCUUUUCGUCACCGUGGGUUUUGUCGUGGCGGAACGAGUUUUAUAUACGCCGAGCGUUGGAUGGAUUAUUUUGAUCGUUUACGGUAUGCAAGUGAGCUGGGCUGCUAUGCCGCGACGAAGAAGCUGGAUCACUGCAGGCGUAGUUCUCCUGCUUGUUCUAGGUUGUUUCAGAACGGUUCUUCGAAAUAACGAUUGGACAUCUAGAGAAACUUUAAUCAAAGCGGGAUUGCGGUCUUUGCCCUACAAUGCCAAGAUGCAUUACAACUUUGCUAACUUCCUCAAAGACACAUCGCAACCGAAUCUUGCGGUCCACCAUUACCAGUUGGCCCUCUGGCUUUGGCCAGGUUACGCCAGUGCGCAUAAUAAUCUUGGAACUCUCACAAUAGAUGAUCAAGCGGAGUAUCAUUUUCUAGCAGCUAUUAAUGCUCAACCUGGUCACGUAAAUGCUCAUUAUAAUCUUGGACGAUUGUACAGAAGAACAAAUCGAACUGAACAGUGCAUCGAGAUGUUGAGGCGAUGCGUGUCACUGGAUCCGGCGUAUGCGCCGGCAUUUAGAGUUUUAGCGAGGAUCGCCACCGGUCCUGCAACAGGCGAACUCCUGAGGCAUGUAAUUCAUCUUCAGCCACGAAACCCGGACGCUCUCACUGAGUAUGCUUACUGGUUGUACAAGAACGGUAAAUGGCUGCCCUCGCUCAAGUACUAUUUCAAUGCCAUGGAGAUUUUCCCGUCGCAUAAACCGUCGCUCAUCGGUACACUCAGGAUUCUGAGGUCGCGAGGUCAGUGGUCCAGGGUACACCAGCUCAUCAUCAGAUGGCAUUUAAUGUUACGAGCGAAACGAGGAGGCUUCAUCUAUCGCGGAGAUUUAUAUAUUCGUGCGUGGGAGCUACAAAGCGAAUCUCGUCAAAGGGCUCAUCAACAUCAACGGAAUCUCUGUAUAUCGGAGAAUGGAUGUUCGAGACCGCGCGUAGCCAGUGUGUCGGUGCAGCUCGAACAAGACAGCAACAAGUCGGAGCAGCUGCAGCGAGCGCCGCGUUGCAACGUGCGCACUUGCAGACAGCCAAGAAAAGGGAAGGCGAGGGUGACCGCGCCAACCCUGCUCGUACAGAAUUUCCUGGAGACACUUUAGUCCACGCCAAUCGGGAAAACGGCUUUGUCUCCUGUUCGUUCAUCAGAUGAUAAUCGGUCGUGGAAGAUGAAGAGAGGAGUGCAGUUCUAACCGUAGCAGCCUCCGUGAUGAUCGUCAGCGACGAAGAGAGUCCUAUUAUAGCGGAAUGCCUGAAUAUUUUUCGUAUGCCGUGUUUGUGUGUUAUCUGGGACCGCAAGCUCGACCUGUCGCAGAUCAUUCAUGAUAUCGAAACGGAGGAAGGUAUGCAUGUAUCAUUGUUAUAGUUUAUAUAUGUAUCCUGGCGUUCUUCGUGGCAUCCUGGUUAUAUCGUCGAUCGGAUAACGAUGGUCGCGAUCUCUUCAAAAAUAACGUCGCUGACGGGAAUAAAAAGAGAAAAAGAAAAACACAAAUGCCUGCCCUGUAGAUAAUUUUGCGGCUUUGAAUGUAAACAAAACGUUUUAAAAUUGAAUAACCGUUCAGGCCAGGACAAAUGACAAUGUGUGCAAUGAUGAGAAUUGAAUGCUAGCAUUAAACUCCUUGAAAAUUAUUUUGCCACUUUUAAAUUUAUCAUAAGGAUACUUAACGAGAGAGGACCAAGGGAGAUUCGAGCGAAUAACUGUGUGCGACAUACUAAGCGGAGUUUCUCGCGUGUCGAUUAAACGCAUAAUCAAGAUAUAUGAUAUAAAAUCAUGUGCGUCCAGCAUGUGUCUGUCUACACUUUCGAAACGGGAUAAUUGUAAUUGGUAAUAUAGUUACAUGUAGUAUGACGUAUUUCUAUAAAUAUUUGCUGUAUCUCGUGUGUGCUUUCAACGUUUUUUAUGAUGUCUGUUUCGAUGAAGUGAUAAAACUGUCAUGUUAUACAUAUACACAGCUUUUUAUUAAACAAUAUCAGAGAAAAAAAUUGAAAAUUAUAUUUGUGAAAAAUAUUUUGACGAAAGAAUUUCAGUGAGUAAUUUAGCAAAACUAUAUAAUCAUCAAGAGAGAAAAAUAUUUAAUAUGUAAACUAAUAUUAUCAUGUCUCAAAAAUAUAUAAAUAAUUCCCUUGUCACAAGGGGAAUUCAUUAUCAGGGGUCUGCUUGAGAACAUAAUAUGAGUACAUAAUUUUUAUUAGCAAUAUACACGAUAAAGAUUGAACAUUCAUCGAGAUAUACAUUAUAUUUUUUCUGCCGCUUAUGUCAACGAUGGUAAAA